AUGAUGACCCGGUAUCCGUGCUACGUCCGUAGUGACGCGACGCGCUCACACUCCUCGAAGAUGCCGUACGGAAAGGACUCGACCGCCGAUGUCGAACAGUCGUUCGGAGAACCGCAGGACGAGACGCAGGUUCCCGUGGCCGCGUCCUCGUCGCAGAUGCUGGUGCAGUCACCGCGGGCAUCGCGAUCGCAGCAUUACGAAGUGCCACCGGGACGGAGGCCGUCGCAACUGAGCCGCGAGGACAGGUCGGACUACAGGGCCCGCGUACGUCGGAAACGGGAGAGAGACAGCCGCCACUCCAGGGAGCUCGCCAGAGACUGCGUCAUCAUCGUCCUUCUCAUGGCCCUGUUCCUCCUGCUCAUCUUGUUCCUUGCCAGCCGGGGGUACUUCGGUGGUACGAUCUGCGAUAAGAUUUGGGUAUCAAGGGCGCACCAAAUAGCAACACUAUAAUCAGUUUUGAAACUGUAAAAUGCAGUGACAAGGAAGCUUGAGGACUCCUAUCCAAAUAGAUGGAACGCAGAAAUCGUUC